AUGAGUAAAAUCUCGAAAUUUUUCAAGGGGAGUUCGAGCUCCAGCUCGUCCUCGGGUGGCAAGUCCAAGCACCGAUCCAAAGGGGGACCUUCUCCCCAGGAGGCCAUCCACAAGCUCCGGGAAACCGAGGACAUGUUGACCAAGAAGCAGGACUACCUGGAGAAAAGGAUAGAACAGGAAGUCCUGCUAGCCAAGAAGCACGGCACGAGAAAUAAGAGAGCUGCCCUGCAGGCCCUUAAAAGAAAGAAGCGCCUGGAGCAGCAGCUGACUCAGAUCGACGGCACGCUUUCCACCAUCGAGUUCCAACGGGAAGCUCUGGAGAACUCUCACACCAACACGGAGGUGGUGAAAAACAUGGGCUACGCCGCUCAGGCCAUGAAGAAAGUCCACGAAAGCAUGGAUCUCAACAAGAUUGACGAGCUGAUGGACGACAUCAACGAGCAGCAAGAUGUAGCCCGCGAGAUCAACGAAGCCAUCUCCAGACCUACCGGCGAAACUUACGACGAGGAUGAGCUGCUGGCUGAGUUGGAGGAGCUGGAGAAGGAAGACAUGGAUGAGAACUUGAGGAGCAUGGGUGGACUACCUUCGGUUCCCAGUGCAAGGCUGCCCUCGGUUCCGUCAGGGCGCGCUUCUCACCGCGCAACGGCCAGAAGAAGGGCUGAGGACGAAGAUGACAUGCGCAUGCUAGCGUCCUGGGGGAUAUAA